UCGUAGAGGCAGUCAGUCGGUCUCUGUACGUGAAUGGAAUGUCGUUGUACAAAUUGACUUAAUUUUGGAUAAAUUAAAAGUCGUCGCUUGGUUUCUAAGAAAUAAACAACAAAAACAGUAAACGUUGUAAUCGUUAAAAGGCAAUCGCCGGCGUAGUGUCAUCAAACAUGGUGUUCCGGUUAUUGCUUUGCGUGUCUCUUUUCCUAGCGAAUUUCCUGGCAUCGGGUCAGGUGGUGAUAGAAGAAUCAGAACAUCCACGAUUUAUACUUCCGGAGAAUUGGAAUGACCCAGAUGAUUCCUUGUUUCGAUCGGCGGUAUCGCAUAUCGGCGACGAAUUACGAAAAAAACGAGAUGUUACGACGCCCCGAAGCCCUACCAACAAUAAUAUUAUCACUAACAGUUCUAUCACGGUGCACCAUCUAAACGACACCCAUAAACAAUUAAUGGUUCACUGGGUUGGCGAAGGUAGCAACGUGAUAAUUUGUUUAGCAAGAAAUCCGAUUCUUUCGUCUAUGAGUCAAUCAGCGAAUCCAUCGACAGUUUUUAUUUCUUAUGACUACGGGGAUACCUUCGUUAAUAAAACUGACUUAUUUAAAUUAAACAAUUUGCCAAAUGGAAAUUAUUCCAACGUUGAAAAGUUUUAUAAUCAUCCAAACUACAAGACGCACUUUGUAUUUUCUGACACCAAAAACAAAUACAUCUUCGUAACUACAAAUUAUGGAAAAACUAUAACUCCAAUUAAGUUGGAGUUUACGCCAAGUGAAGUUCAAUUUAGAGAAAUGCAUUCGAAUGAUAUUUUGAUUUUAGAUAAAACGAGUCCGGAUAGAACAUUGUGGUACUCUUCAAAUUUCGGCCGAACUUUCGAUAUUUUAGAACAACACGUAAAAUCUUUUACUUGGACAAAUAAUAAAAAUUAUUUAAUCCUCCAACGAACGCUUCCAUCAAAUUUAUCGUCGAUUAUGUAUACGAAAAUGUCGCCGUUAAGUCGACAACAUCUUCAACUUUUCGCUAAAGAUGUUGUUGAUAUGUUUGUUAAGGACGAUUACGUUUUUUACGUGAAAAAAUCAACUUCUGACGAUUUUGAUUUAUUUGUUUCUUAUAAUUUUGAUUCACCGAGGCAGUGCAUUUUCGAUACAGAAUUAAAACGAAAAUCUUACCAAGUCGUUGAUGUCACGAACGAUCGAGUUUUCGUUUCGAUCAGCCACACAGAAAUGAUUUCCCAUUUAUACGUUUCCGAUAAUUUAAAUGUUGAAAAAAAUUCCCAAACAAACGUUAAAUUAACGUUGUCUUUAGAAAAUGUUUUGGCGUACUUUCAUAAUUCAUGGCCAGAUUCUUGGUUGCAAUUCUUUUUUAGACAUAUAGCUGAAGAAGCUUUUACAGACAUUUACAAAGUUGAAGGGAUGACAGGGAUUUAUAUAGCAUCGCAAAUCGCUUAUACGCCAAGAAACCAAUAUAAUUUAGGUCCGGAAAAUCUUGUUACGAAAAUUACUUUCGAUCAUGGAGCAUCGUGGAGAUUGAUCAGAUCACCAGAACACGAUAACGAGGGACAAAUUAUUUCUUGCGAUCAAGGCAACAACUGUUCUUUACAUCUUACACAACGUUUCAAUCAACUUUAUCCUGAUACAAGAACUUUAAGUAUUUUAAGCAGUAAAUCUGCUCCGGGAAUUUUGGUUGCUACAGGAGUUAUCGGUAAAAGUUUAAAGGGUCAUUUUGGAGUAUAUAUAAGUACGGAUGCUGGAUUAACGUGGCGUCAAUCAUUAAAAGAUCUUCACUUUUUCAACAUGGGUGAUCACGGAGGUUUGUUAACCGCCGUUAAAUAUUAUAAAACUCGUCAUGAUACAAACAGUUUGUUGUAUUCCACUGAUAUGGGUGAGAAAUGGGAGGAAAAAGAAUUCGAUAAGGAAUCGAUUCGUUUAUAUGGGUUGAUGACCGAACCGGGAGCGAAUACUACCGUUUUUACUUUAUUUGGAUCGAAAGUAGAGCAGCAUCAAUGGAUUAUUGUAAAAAUUGAUUUGAAAAAUGUUUUUAAAUAUAAUUGUACGGAUCUUGAUUAUAAAACUUGGUCUCCGAGUGUAAGCGUUGACGGUCGACGACUUAUUCCGUGCCCUUUGGGUAAACAACAAACAUACAAAAGACGAAUUCCUCACGCUGAAUGCUACAUUGGUACAAAUUAUGAUAUGCCAAUAUCUGAAGAACCUUGCGCUUGCACAGCUACUGAUUAUGAAUGCGAUUUUGGUUUUAUGCAGGAUGAAAGUCACGGUCAUUGCAUAAGAAAUAAAAGCUCGAAGUUUGAUCCAUAUGAAAUUCCCGAAAUGUGCCAACCCGGACAAAUGUAUAACAGGACGAAAGGAUAUAGAAAGAUUUCCGGCGAUGUUUGUUCAAAGGGUUAUUACGAUUUUUACGCCCCCGAUGUUAUUCCAUGCCCUUUCAAAGAAAUUCCAACAUUUUUAUUGAUAGCUCAAAGAGAUCGAAUAAUUCGUUUGAAUCCUGUUACCCGUCAAAAAGAAGAUCUUCCUGUCGCAGAUUUCCGAAACGUAAUAGCCAUCGAUUUUGAUAUGAAAAAUAAUUGCGUUUUUUGGGCCGAUAUUAUUAAAGACCAUAUUGGAAGGCAAUGUUUAGAUGGAAAAUCGCCAAAUGAAAUUUUGAUCAAUUCGAAUUUAUCGUCGGUUGAAGGAAUGUCUUACGAUUGGAUAUCGAAAAAUUUAUAUUUUGUUGAUGGAAGAGAUGCAAAAAUUGAAUUAAUUCGCGUCGAUGUUCCACAACCAAGACAUUAUCGACGAACAAUUUUAACACCACCAAUUUUAAAGAAACCUAGAGGUAUAAUCGUUCAUCCAAUCGCCGAGUUCUUAUUUUGGACAGAUUGGGCAUCACAUCCCUCGAUUUCAAAAGCUAAUUUAAACGGUACGAAUGUAACCCAACUUUUUAAAUCACCAGUAAUCGAAUGGCCAAAUGGAAUCACCAUCGAUUACAUCGCCGAAAGAAUUUAUUGGGUUGACGCUAAAUUAGAUUACAUUGGAAGUUCUGAUUUUUAUGGAAACAAAUUUAAUAAAGUCCUCCAUGAUUCUAUAUAUGUAAUGCAUCCAUUUUCCGUCGCUGUGUUUAAAGAUACGAUGUAUUGGGAUGAUUGGAAGAGAAAUUCGAUUUUUAGCGCCGAUAAAGAUCAUGGAAUCGGUAUUGAUACUUUAGCAAACGAAAUCCACGGUUUAAUGGAAAUGAAAAUUUACGCCCACAGUAUCCAAGAUGGCACAAACGCAUGUGCAAACUCAACUUGUCAAUAUAUUUGCGUUUCUGUUAAUCAAAAACCAGUUUGUUUAUGUCCCGAUGGUUUCGACAUGAAAGAUGGAAAAUGCGUUUGUCCAGGUGGUAGCGUACCAAACGCGAAUAUGAGUUGUCCAAAAUACCAAAGUACUUGCAGUUUCAAAUAUUUCGCUUGCAAGUCUGGGCAGUGUAUUCCAAAAAGUUGGCAAUGCGAUAACGAAAAUGAUUGCGCGGAAGGUGAAGAUGAAAAGAAUUGUGAAAGCGCAACUUGUGCCCCUAAUUAUUUCGCUUGCGAUAAUGGUCUCUGUCUUCCGACUUAUUGGAGAUGCGAUUUCGAUAAAGAUUGUCCAGAUGGUGCUGAUGAAAGAAAUUGUCCCGUUCAAAAUUGUACUCAAUCUCAAUUUAAAUGCAACAAUGGAAGAUGUAUUUCAAAUCAUUGGAAAUGCGAUGGUGAAAAUGAUUGCAGAGAUAAUUCCGAUGAACUUAAUUGUUUCGAUUCAGUCCCAACUGUAUGCAAGACAGAUGAAUUUAAAUGUACAACUGGAGGAAUUUCUUGUAUCCCAUUGUCUUGGUAUUGCGAUGGUGAAAAUGACUGUUCGGAUCAUUCAGAUGAGGCACAAUGUAAUAACUUAACUUGUUCUGAGUAUCAAUUUAAAUGCGGCGGACCAAAUGAAAAAUGUAUUGUAAAACAAUGGGUUUGUGAUGGGGAUAAAGAUUGUCCAGAUGGUUCUGAUGAAAAGAAUUGUACUGAAUCAACAUCAACUGUUGAACCAACCCCGGUUUCAACAUAUAAUUGCCACGAAUGGAUGUUUAAAUGUGACAGUCAACUUUGUAUACCUUAUUGGUGGAAAUGUGACAUGGCCAUUGAUUGUGAUGAUGGAAGUGACGAAGCUGGUUGUUAUUAUCCAACAACAACGGCGACAAAUUUAAAUGUAACAGCUUCUGAAAUUCCUUGGAGUUCUUCAACAUGUGCAGCAAAUCAAUUUCAAUGUGUUAGCGGUUAUUGCAUAAGUUCUUCUUGGGUUUGUGACGGUAUGGCUGAUUGCGAGGAUCGAGAAGAUGAGUUACAUUGCCCAAUUGCGCCGAAAUGUUCUUUGGAUCAAUACACUUGUCGUUUUGAUGGUUCUUGCAUUUCAUUAUCUAAAGUUUGUGAUGGAAAUAUCGAUUGUUUAAAUGGGCAAGAUGAGGAAUCUUGUACUUAUAAUCAUAACGUUCCUGAAAUACCUGCUCCGCCGACUUGUUCGAUUGGUUUCUUCCCGUGUGAUGUCAAUAUUUGUCAUCCCAUGGCUCAAAGAUGCGAUGGAUUCCAACAUUGCGCUGAUGGUUUCGAUGAAAAUAAUUGUACAAAUGUUGAUCGUUAUUAUCAAGUCUUACAAAUGGGUAUUGAAGAUAGAGGUAGAACGGAAUCCUCUUUAUUCUUGUAUUGGUGGAUUGCAAUGCCAGAAAAUGAAAAACUAGAAUUCCUUCCAUCAAUAAGUAUGAUUGGAAAUAAUACUUGGCAAAAUGGAACUUGGAUAGAUACGUCAAAUUACACGUUUAAAAAUUUAGAACCUUUUACCCAUUAUAACAUGACUGUUUAUGUUCGUGUUGCGAACACCACAAGAGUUUUUCCACCUGCGAAGUUUUAUCCAUCAAUGACAACGGAAGGUGUACCGAGUAUUCCACUAAACGUUACUGUUAACCAAGUGAAUGCUUCUCACGUUUUGGUUUCUUGGAACCAACCCACUCACGUUCACGGAGUUAUUAAAGCGUACGAAGUUGGAUUUUACCCCCCUUCCCCACCCAUUCACAUUACACAACACAACAAUUCAACUUCAAUGAUGUUAGACCCCGAUUUUGAAACGGGAGUAAAAUAUUCCUUCUACGUUAUCGCCCAUAACGCUAAACAUUCUAGUGGAUUAUCUGAAGUUGUAACAAUCGUUUUUGACAAGGAUGCUGAAGUUGAGGCUGUUGAAAAUUUAAGGGUUACCGCUCAAGAUGAGCAUAAUAUUUCGUUAGCGUGGGAUUAUGAGAAACGGUACGAUGAAUUUUUGGUAGAAAUUACUGUCAGAUCGCCUUAUCCAAAAUUGCAACCAAGAAGAACAAAUACAACGAAAAUUGAUAUUAAGAAUUUAUCACCUAAUGUUUUGUAUCAAUUCGAGGUGAGAUCAGUUCGCAAACAAUUUAAAGGCCCAUACAGUUACAUAGCAACAUAUACAAAUGGAACAAGCCUGCCAGAAGUACCAAAUUUAUCAGUAAUGAUUAAUAAGAACGAAGCCACUUCUGUUAAAGUCAGUUGGGAUCGACCAAAAUACGCAAAGAAAGCCAAUUGGAUGUAUGGUGUUUAUUAUGGAUUAACAGUCGACGAAGUAUUGGAAAAACCGCGAUUUAAUACAUCAUCUUUAGGAGCAACAAUAACUGGAUUAGGAGCUUGCGAAAGUUAUAUUUUUACGGUUGGUUUAAUAGGCCCGUUGGGAGUGGGACCGCUUCAAACAGAUUCUCAUAUAGUAAAAACAUUCUUUAAUGUUCGUGCUCCGCCUGAAAAUCUUCGUGUAACUCAAGGUUCUCGCCGAUACGACAUGAUGACCGUAAAAUGGUCCGCUUCUUGUCCUACCAUCAACCAAGACCUUGGCUACAUCAUUUCUGUAACUGAAUUGGGUCGAAAUGAAAUGAUGCCUUUCAAAUUAAAGAACGUAACCGCAACGGAAAUAAGUCACGAUUUCUAUGUUAACUUCGGUGGGGUUUAUAAAGUUGUGGUUUCAACUGAUGCUGAGGGCGCGAAACCAUCACCGGAAGUUAUUUAUAACGCACCUCCGGUUCCUCCAGCUUUUGAUGUUCAAGUUAUGAUUGAAAAUAACGGAAGUUACGUUGUUUAUUGGCGUGGACAUAACAUUACCGCAUUAAAUUUAGCCAACGUUUCGUAUGAGUAUGAAGUUUUAAUUUCUGAGGGUAAAGAUCUUAAUGAAAAAACAGCUCAACGAUUUACGGUUACAAAUCCACCAUUUAUUUAUAAUAACGUUACUGCGGAAAUGUAUUCGUUUGGUGUUAUGAUGAAAACAGAACGUGGUUAUCGGUCUGCUCUUUCAAAUGUGGCUACUGUUAAAACGCCAGAAGCAUCUCCAUGGAUGGGCGAUAUUAGUAAAACGAGUUUAACAACUGUUUUGGUAAUUGUUUGUUUGCUAUUGGUUGUUUCUGGAGGUGCUUUAGGUUUCCUUUAUGUACGGCAUAAGCGAUUACAAAAUAGUUUUACUCGUUUUGCAAAUUCUCAUUAUGAUUCUCGGUCGGAUGCCGCCACAUUUGAUGACCACGGGUUAGAAGAAGAGGAGAGUCCCCAAAUUCGGGGCUUUUCCGAUGAUGAACCACUCGUUAUCGCUUAAAUAUUUAAAGGAUCAUUUUAGCGAUAGAGAGAGACUGCGAAGCCAAGUGGUUGUUACCAAAGGUUAUUUUGUUUAUUUAACUUCUUUUUUCAGUGAUUAUUAUACAUAAAUAUUAAAUAUAAAUAAACGAAGAUGUCCAUUUUAUUAAUAAUAUAUUGAUGAUAGUCUAUUAAUGAUGAUAAAUUGUCGUAGUAAGUAGUCGCGACUAUUCCAGUUUUAAUUCGUUUUUUUUUUAAUUUAAACUACUAGUCUUUAGAUUAUUACGUUUAAAAAAAGUGGAGAAAAGAUUUUUUUUAGUUUAACAUUAGACAUGCGUUUAAACCGUGUUUUAAAUAGGUUCGAUCCGUUUUUUUAGUUCUUGUUAAGUCAAAUUUCUGUGAUAAACACUUUUUAAUUAAUGAGCAAACAUUUGUGUUUUUCCACUAUUGGAAUUUGACAGAAAUAUUAUGACUGUGUACGUUGAUUCCAAAUGGAAUAAUAAUUGAAUAAACUAAAUAAACGUUUGUAUAAAUAAAAUAAUA